GGCUGGUGGGGGGUGUUGCUCGUUCCGGGGUUCUCCCCACAACUUCCCCGAGGGCUGGACUUAGGGUACUGGAGUUGGGGUGCUUCCGGCGCGAAAUCUGGACGGCGCCUCGGGGCUGUGCCGUUUCCCCGGGCCCGGAGCUCGAGGUCCUGGGAGGUGAUCGCACUGGGUAUCCAUCCCGAGCCAGCCUGCUGAGGGAUGCCCAAGAAGUUCCAGGGCGAGAACACCAAGUCGGCAGCGGCCCGGGCGCGGCGGGCGGAGGCCAAGGCGGCGGCCGAUGCCCGGAAGCAGAAGGAACUGGAAGAUGCCUACUGGAGGGAUGAGGACAAGCACGUCAUGAGGAAGGAGCAGCGCAAGGAGGAGAAGGAGAAGCGGCGCCUGGAGCAGCUGGAGCGCAGGAAGGAGGCGCAGCGGCUGCUGCAGGAGGAGGACUCCCGGCUCAAGGGCGGCAAGGCCCGCGGGGCGGCGCCCAGCAAAGUCACUCGCGCGCAGAUCGAGGACACGCUGCGCCGCGAACACGCACCCCGCGAAGAGCCAGCCGAGAAAGCCAAGAGUCACCUGGAGGUGCCGCUGGAGGAGAAUCUGAACCGACGCGCACCCGAGGACGGCAGCGUGGAUGCACGCACGAUCGAGGACGCCAUCGCAGCACUCGGUGUGGCGGAGGAGGCGGACCGGCACCCCGAGCGGCGCAUGCGCGCGGCCUUCACGGCCUUCGAGGAGGCGCAGCUGCCGCGGCUGAAGCAGGAGAACCCCAACAUGCGGCUGUCGCAGCUGAAGCAGCUGCUGAAGAAGGAGUGGCUGCGGGCGCCCGAGAACCCCAUGAACCAGCGGGCGCUGCCCUUCAACGCGCCCAAGUGACCGGCCGCGUCCACGUCCCUGUCCCCGUCCCGGUGCCCAUCCCCUUCCCCAUCCCCGCCAGCGCAAUAAACGGGGCCCCGCGGAGACGCCGCGUGCGGUGUGCGU